ACUCAUCUUUACCAAGGGUGCCAAUAUUAGUGGAGAGCACUGUAUAUUUGACUGUGAUAUUUGUGCACUGUUGUGACAAAAUCUGACACUUUCCUUGAACAAGACCAAAGAGAUAUAUUUUGAUCUUGCUGGGCAUUGGUCUGAUGGCCAGAUGAGUUUCCCUUUCUUUCUUUCACUUCUGUUAUUUUACAUUUUCCCUUCUUGGUAAUAGGUUCUUUUGUUAGUCCUCUACUACUGAAAACUACUACUGGAAAGGAACAUGAACACAUCACUUUUUUUACUUUUUCAAGUUGUUCUGCUCUAUGAUGCUUUUGGUUGGGAAGUGAGGAUGCCAAAACUAAUACACGGUCUCAGAGGAUCCUGUCUGGUCAUACCAUGUUCUUUCUACUACACAUCAUACCCACCUGUAAACCCACUUAGAGUUGUGUGGUAUCAGUACGUCUCUAGAGGUUAUCCUUUAGUUUACGAUCCAUGGAAUCCCAAUGAUGUUAUUUGGAAGUUCAGAUGGAAAACUGAUUUAUAUGGUGACCCAUCAAGUUGGGAUUGCAGUCUGUUGAUUAAAAACCUGGAACAGUCCCAUCACGGAGCGAAAUUAUACACAUGGAUUGACCCUGAAAAUGUUGGAAAGAGAACCUAUGCAUUUUAUGAUGUCACUUCUACAAUUCAAGUUGAUGCAAGUCCUCAGCAGCCCAGCCUCAGUAUUUCUGGAGGUAAAAGGACUGGAGACACCAACACAGUAGUAUGUUCAACUUUCCACACAUGUCCAUACAGCAAACCAAACAUCACUCUGAACGGUAUAGAAGGAUCUGAUCAAACCAGUCAUGAUUCUUUUAAAGACGGCCUGUGGAAAACCACUCUGACACGCACAGGUGUCGUAAAGAAAGAGCGCUUUACUAUUCAGUGUUCAGUAACACAUUAUGGUGGAAUAAUUGUGACAGCAACUAAGGACAAAAUUGCAGAAUGUGUUCAUCAAAAAAUAACAAUUGAGCCUGAACUGGCAGAUGUUACAGUUGGCGUCGCAAAGAUCUUCACUUGUAGCGUCUACCAUUCCUGCCAGAAAGAGCCAACCAUCACAUGGAACUAUAAGAACAUGCUGAUUACAAAGUGGAGCAAAACACAUUCAGAUUUAAAUCGGGUCACCUACUCUCACAUAACCUUUCUGGGUGCAAAAGAAGACCAUGGGAAGGAAUUGAUUUGCACCGCAAAUUUUUCUGGAGGAAAAAUUACAACCUCUGUUGUUUUACGUGUACAAUGUGUCCAUCAUAACAUAUCGAUUGAACCUGAACUGGCAGAUGUCACCGAGAGCAUCCCAAAGAACUUCACUUGUAGCGUCUACCAUUCCUGCCAGAAUGAGAAUCCAAACAUCACAUGGAACUAUGAGAACAUGCAGGUCACAGAGUGGAACAAAUCACUUUCUGCUUUAGAUCAGAUCAGCUAUUCUAGCAUAACCUUUCUGGGUGCAAAAGAAGACCAUGGCAAGAAAUUGACUUGCACUGCAAAUUUUUCUGGAAGAGAAAUUACGGCAUCUGUUGUCGUAAAUGUGCAAUACCCAUUGCUCAUUGGACUGAAGACUAUUGGUCUUUACAUCUUAACACCGUCACUUGUGUUCCUUCUGGCUUGUAUACUUGCUGGAGUCAUCGUAUACAAAAAGAGACAAAGGUCAAAAGAUGCAGUGUCAGGAAACAAGCCUUUCUCCAAUCCUCGAAUGCCGUCACCAAAGAGUGAUCCAAAAUCCUGCUCUGUGAGUACAUUAUUUACAUUGUGUUACGCUGCAGAAAACAUACUUCUAUGAGAAAUAUUAAAAUAAGCUAUUGACUGAUGUCUGGCUCUCUGUUCUUUCUUGAAAUAUAAGGACAAUGAUUAUGACAAUGAUUAUGAAGCUGAAUACGCCAACAUGGGUGAACUCAACAUUUAUGGAAAUAUCUGAAGAACAUCAAAAUCAAAGCAAAAUGGGUUCAAAACAAUGUUUGUAAAAAUAUUAACAAUGUUUGAUUGUAUUGAUAAUAACAAAACAUUUGUCAUGCAUAUCUGCAUCUUUUUAUAAUUCCAGAUGUAUUCAGAUUUGUUAAGCAAACAACUACUAUGAUUUAUGUUUAUGAAUUAUAUUUUUUAGCUGAUUUAAACAAAAAUAUUGCAAAUAAAAAAUCUACUACUUUUGUUCCUGA